AUGCGAGCGCAGUAUGGCGAGCUGCUCACCCAGCAUGUUAACAUCCGGCGUGGCUGGCUUGAGAAGGUCGAGCAGGAGACUGAAGACGAACCAGCACAGCGCCAGGAGCAGCGUGGUGACGUCAUUGUGCGCGAGGGUUGCCCCAUCUUGGCCGCGGCGGCUUUCUGGUUGAUCGGCGGGAUCGUCGGUGCUUCGGCAGGCGCGCUCGGCUUCUACGUCAUCUCGUACGUGUUGGGACUUCAAGCCCCGCCCACGCGGCCCGAGGCGCCACCAGAGAGGGACGACGGCACCGUGUGCUACUCGCACGAGUGCCUGGCCGCGGCCGAAUACCUGCGCGACCAGCUUAACCCGCUGCUCGAGCCGUGCCGCAACUUCACGGACCACGUGUGCGGGCGCUUCCACGGACCCGGACAUAGCCUCGUGGAGCUGCAGUCGUGGCGCACCCAGAUCGAGGUGAUGAGGACGGCAGGUCAUCGCUUGUCCGGCGCACGUGGCAAGGCCUCGCAGCUGCUGAGACAGUGCCUGUUUAUCUACUCGGUCACCACGUCCAGCCACCAGGCGCUGCGGGACUUUAUGAAGCGGCUCAAUCUCUUCCUGGACAGCCCGCCUCCGACGGCGCCCGUCGCGUCAGACCAGGUGUUGGCACUGCACGUGGAGCUGUCCUACACAUACGGGGUGAGCGGUCUGCUGCGCAUUCGGCCAAGCCUCGCUCGCUCUCUCUCGGUGGAGUUGGACGGCGUAGCCUUGACGGCUUCGCUGAAAAGACAGAGGGAUCUUUCGCCCGUGAAAGACCUGAAGUUCGCUGGCGUGAGUGCGAACGCGUUCGCCGACGCCAUCGAGGCGAAGACUGCGUACCGCCGAGACGCGAACGUGUUCGAGAGUAGCCAGCUGAUGACGCUGCUGGAGAGCGUGUGGCGCGAGUUCUCCGUCAGCGCUGACCUGUUCCUGUGGACCAGCUGGUACGUUCUCGACGAGCUGGCUCCUUUCGUCGAAACGUCGGUGGCCACCCACACGCGAAGUGCCAUAUCCUUCGGUCUGGCCUGCGUGGAGAUGGUAUCGCACACCAUGGCCCCAGCACUGGCUGCGCUCAUUCGCUUGUCACAAGUCACGAACAAGGCUCGCCACCAGAUAACCACAAUGACCAACGUCCUCGCCAGUUGCCUGAAGGAAAAGACUCCUUGGAUAUCCCCGUUCGCGACACCUCCUCGGGUGAUCGUGGGCUUUCCUCCGCAUGCCGACAGCGUGGAGCGGCUGGAUGCCUUCUACGCCACGUUUCCGGUGUCGCGGCAGCUGACCAACGCCUUCUUCGCCGACUGGGUGGCGGGGGCUGACGAGCGUGCAUUGCGCCUGUCCGCCGACCAGGACCACGUGGACGUGUUCGGGCUGGACAUUGACGUGGGCGCCGACGGCACGGUCGUCGUGCCGGCAGCUCUGUUCGCGCUGCCCUUCUUCGUGCCUGACGGUCCGGUGGCGCUCAACGUCGGCGGGCUCGGACACUUGAUCGCCAGGCGGCUCGCUCAGAGGUACCUGGUGCCGAACUCAGUCCUGCCCGCCGGGUGCCAAGCCUCGGCCUCGGGCAGCGAAGCCGGCUGGCUCCUGCCGAACCUGCUUGCGUACUCGUGCAUUGGUCACGCGCUGUCCGCGCUGAAUGGAAGCCACCAACGCCGUCUGCCUCAGCUCGCUGGGCUCAAGCCGGAAACGAUCAUGUACACCGUCGGCUGCCUGAAGGAUUGCAUCGCACGACGUGGAGGACUGGGUCGUUGCACGGCGUCGUCGCAGGGCCUGAAAGCGUUCGAGGAGGCGUUCUCGUGCGACUUGAAAGGACAACAGGGUCUCACCUGCACGUUGUGAUAACAUUUUCACGCACAAGAGUCCGUUCUCUCACAAGAACAUUAUACCAUUUGGUGAAGAUACGAGGUGGAACAAACAAGAAAACGCCAUCGAAUAAAAAUUAUACUUUUUUCCU